AUGCAGCCGUUAAUUCUGACUCCGUCUGAGACGCGCAAAUCUGAGCCGUCGGAUGAUUCGUCAAAUCCGGCGGCUAGCAGCGGCAUAUCUGAGAACGCAACUGCUGGUGUGCUGGAUGCUGACGUGGCAGUUAAGCUGUACAGUGCUGCGGCAGGUUAUGACACGGCAUCUAGUGAUGAUGACGUGGGACCAUCAAUCUCAUGGAUUCCCCGGACUCCGGAUCUACCACUCUGCUUGACGUCCACGUCGGCAGAGCCAACGUCCCCGUUACAAGCAGCACCAGAACCCGCUAUAACGCGUGGCGGACUGUUUGUAUACGGCAGCAGCUGUUCCGCCUGCACUGUAGGCCACACCUGCACGUUCUUAAUCAGCGUCGAAUCGCCAGGCGCCACGUGGACGCUCCCUCCCGUUGCUGACGCGACCAGUAAUGAUAGCAGCAGCACCAACACCUCUCCUUCCACUGCUGCAGUUACAGCCACUGCUCUUGCUGCUCCUCCUGCCACCACAACCACUGCCACCACCGCCACCACCGACACAGCAUCACCAUUCAAUUACCCCGCCAAUUCCUCCGUGCUGAGUUGGUGGAAGCGUGAGCUCGCUCUCUCCCUCGCCGGCCCUUCACUGCUCCACGCCGACCCUGUUUGUGCCGACCCUCCCGCCUGCUCCCGAUUCGUCGUCGCUUACCGAGCCUGGGAUGCGGGGACGUACCGGGCUUCCCUCCAUGCAGGAUGCUCCAACCUCCUCCUUACACCCUCAUCUUCUUCAUCUUCCUCAUCUUCCUCUUCUUCCUCCUCCUCCUACUCCUCCCCUUCUUAUGCUGACGUCACUCAUGACGUGGCAGCAUGGACCAUCACAAUCCUCCCAUCAUCCCACACACUCCCGCCCAGCACACCCCUCCUAGCCAACACACAGCCUACCUCUUCAAGUGAAGCAGCCGCCAAUAACCAGCCAUUUCAUAACGAAGCAGACAAUAGCGAGGAUUUCUCGCGCCGGCUGCUGCUCCUGGCGAUGGCAGGGCAGUCGAGUGUGGGAGGCGAGGCAGCAAGUGUGGAGGAGCGAGUUGGGAACUCCACACUCGAAUAUCAAACCCUUGGAGGGGAAUUAGUCCCUCCUGGGACACCUUUUGAGGCGCUUCCAGACGCUGCUCCUGGCGACAGCAGGGCAGGCAGCGGAAAGGAGAAAGUAGGAAACUCUGUACUAGCUUCCCAUGCACCUCAAGCAGACUUGGCCACUCAUGGGCUGCCACGUGUUCUAAAAGAGAGAGCACAGGAAUCCGAGAAGAGAGCAGAGAACGAGGGAGAGGAUGAGACGAUGCAGGUGACUAGCAGAGGCGGUGAACAGGAACAGGCGGCGGAGGGGAGCAGUAGUCCGUGCAGCGGGUCAUGGAUCUCCUCCCUCACCCGGCGAGGCAUCCGAGAGAUCUCGAUCGCGGGGGACUCGCACCACCGCAUGCUUGCCGCCCACUUGUUCUACAUGCUGUCGGGCGAGGCCGACCUGGCGAAUAGGAAGGGGCGGCACGAUCUGGCGUUUGUGGCGCGGAACGGGAGGAACGAGACGCUAAGGAUUAAUUUCUACUGGGUGGACGGGAUCUACCGCAACGACGAGUUCGGCUGCACGCACAGAGGGGCCUUUUCGCAGCACUACGACUCCUUUCCCAACAUCUCCCUCUCAAGUGACGUCAUCAUCAUCAACAGUGGCUAUUGGGCCGGCAAGCGUUGUCUGCAUCCGCUCUCCGCCCUCAGCACCCACCUCCCUGAAUACCUCGCCUGGGCCCAAUCCCAAGCCGCCUCCGCCGCUGCUUCUGCCGCCCAAGCCUCCUCCGCUGCUGUUGCUGCUGCUGCCACUGCCACCAACCUAGGUGAUCCUUCUCCUGCUGGUUCAGACCCGAGCAGUUCUGAUUUUGCCAUUCAAUCGACAGCAGCAGCAGCAGUAGCAGCCUCCCUGACAACAGGUGCAUUCUCAUCCCCCCUCUCUCCAGCACCAAGCGGGGCCAGCCUUAGGGGGAAUUCAGCAGCUGCUCUCAGCAGGCAGUCUGCAGCAACAGGUGGUGCUGAAAGGGCAGAACGCCUGUUACGCAGUAACAUCACAAGCACCACCACCACCACCAGCGCCGCCGUUGCCGCCGUCGCCGCCGCCACAAGGGCAGCAGCCACAGGGGUAGAAGCCACAAGCACAAGUCGCCGGGUUCGGUUGAUCGUGCGAGCGGCACCGCCAGUGCCCAACGGAGGAGACAGCUGCAGCAUUGCCAGCCGCAUUUAUGAAGGCCCCGCCACCAACCUCUUUCUCUCUGCUGCUAACCACCUGACCAGAAACCUGGUCGACCAGAUAAACGCAGGCAGUUCUGUCCCCCAUAUUGAGUAUUUUGAUAGCUGGCAAGUGGAGGCACCGCGGUUUAUGGAUGUGUGUCCUCGCGAUCAUCACUUUCACUGCUACGGGUCGAACGGGCAGGGGAAGGUGGUGAUGAGAGGGGACGUUGGGGAAGCUGUUGUCAGGUCUUUGAUUCAUUACAUAGAGCAUGGGGGAAAGGGAGGGUACUAA